AGCGUUCAGUGAGUCCACACGGCGGGACACGAGAGAGAGACAGCGCUUAUAUUCCGAAAGGAGUGAGGCACCAGAAUUCUGCUGGAAGAGCACAGAGAAACACAGAGAGCAAAGGAAGAUUACACAGCCGCGGUCAUUUGGACGCUUGAGGAGUAUUGAGAAACCUGUAGCUGUUACUGGUGAUUGAUGUUACCGUUUCUGAACAGUCUGCGCUCUGUCUGAGGGUUUAACAAAAGGUGGGAGACACGUCUGCUGUCCCCUAUCACAGGGGGGAAGAUAUGAUAUUUGUGAUAAGCCGGUUUGGGGUCAUGCAACAAGUAUAAAUGCACAUUGAUGAGCCGAGGGAGACGGGCUGGCGAAGGCGAAAGAAGUGGAUGAUUUUGAGGGGAGCAGUAGAGGAUCGUGUUGCUGGAGAUGUCUCUGUGGAUGAUCUUACCUGUCAGCCUCCCAGCUCUGACCAUCACUGGAAUAUGGGUUGUGUAUGCCAUGGCCUUGUAUAAUCAACAUGUCUGUCCUGUGGACAACUGGAUGUAUAACCAGUCAUGUGAGGUGGAUCUGCCAAUGCAGAGGGGACAAACCUUAUGCUGUACUCUGGACAACGUUCCUCUCAUAAGUAAAUGCGGCACACUUCCUCCAGAGAGCUGCUUCUUCAGUCUCAUCUGCAGCACUGGAUCCUUUAUGGUGAUGGUGAUUGUGUUCCUACGCUAUGCCCAUGUGAUAGAGAAGCACCAGAACUGUGUGUUAAAUACAGCAAGUCUCUCCACUGGAUGGAUCUGUGCUGCAGGACUCAUCAUGGUCGGCAACUUCCAGGUGGAUAACGCCAAGGUUCUUCACUAUGUUGGAGCAGGAGUGGCCUUCCCCACCAGUAUGCUGUUUGUGUGUCUGCAGUCUGCGCUGACCUACCGCCUGGCAAAGACUCAGGGAGAAUAUAAUAUGGGUCAUUUGCGCCUCUUUAUGACCCUGCUGGCUUUUGUAGCCCUGGUGCUUAGCGGGGUGUUUUUUGUCCAGGAAAGUUUUGUCCUGCAACAUGCAUCAGCCAUUUUCGAGUGGGUCUUCUGUGUCAUCAUUAUGCUGUUCUACGGGACAUUCGCUUUUGAAUUCGCUGGGAUAUCUAGUGACACGAUGAUGGUGCUGGCCCGAGGGCAAUCGCUACAGUCUGCAAGCCGAGACCACAAAAUGGAGUCUCUUGGUGGAACCAGUCAGCACCAGCCUGAGAACCUUUCUAUACUGUAGCUUCAGUGUCUCUCUCUCUCUCUCUCUCU